UGAUCAGGGCGUUUACGUGAGGUGAAAACUAGAGGACAACCACAUCGGCUCAGCUUCGGGCAUUCAGUCCCUACCUACAAUCAGCGGAGAGAACAUUCAGCUAAACGCAGUUAACGUUGAGGUUAUUUGACGACCUAGUAAAUAUUUAUUAUCAACAAUGAAUUUAUUGUGGGCUGUCACUGCCCUUCUGUUGAGCUGUUGGAGAGCCGAUGCCUUCACAGCACCACACAUCCGCACUGAACCUUCUGAAGUCACCAACCAAACCUCUGCUGUGCUCAGCUGCAACCUCACAGAUGCCAGCAUUGUCAGCAAGGGCUCCCACUGGACUCUUAAUGGCAAAAUCAUUGACACCUCCAAAAAGGAUGACGACAAACAUUACACUACAUUAAAUUUGGAGAAGAUCACUCAUGCCAAUAGUGGAAAGUAUGAAUGCGUGUUCUCGACUGAUCCAGAGGUGAAGCAGACCAUUGAAGUCAGAACAACUCCCCAUGUCGCUGCCUACAAGCACUCUGAGCACGGCAAUGAAAAUGACAAAGUUGUGCUGGUCUGUGUGAGUCAUGGAUAUCCAUUACCUACUGAUUGGCUCUGGUUCAAACAGAACAACGAUGGAACCCAAGAUAGUAUCACCAAUGGAACUGUCAAAUAUGAGAUCAAGAAUACCCCCAACAAGACCAGUCUGACCAUUAACGACCUGAACAUCGACAGUGACCUCGGGCACUACAUUUGCUCUGGAAGUAACGACCUCGGCGUAGCUACUGACAAAGUCAACCUGCGUGUCCGCAGUCGCUUGGCUGCUCUCUGGCCCUUUCUUGGCAUCGUGGCAGAGGUCAUCAUCCUUGUCACGAUAAUCUUUAUCUAUGAGAAGAGGAGAAAGCCCGAUGAGGUCAAUGACGAUGAUGACUCAGGAUCUGCUCCUCUGAAGAGCAAUUCUAAUGCAAACCACAAAGACAAGAAUGUGAGGCAAAGGAACUCUAACUAAAAGCUGAAAGAGAUGGAUGUCCAGACGACACUCCAGGAUUCAGCUGCUGUGUGGCACAAUAUACUGUGCACCUUGCAAUUUUAAGUACCUUUUCGUGCUUGGGUGUUUAAUGUUUAAAAGAAUAUGAUUUCCUCUUGGUUUGGUUUCUUCUAUAUCCCUCUCCAUAUUGUGCAGCCAGAGAACAUAGUGUGAAAUAAUUUCUGCUUGAGGCUAUGGGGCAAAUAUUGCAUGAGUUUUUAAAUGCUGUUCUAGCCACGUGUGUGUGUGUGUUGUUGCAAAAUCAUUAGACUGUUCACAUGAGGAAUGCGUAGUUUGUGGUUAUUUUCUGUUAAUGCUGAUGCUUCUUGCACUGACCUCACAGUUAUCAGUCAUUGGUUUUAUAUUCUCCGAUCUGAAAUGGUGACCUAUAAAUCGGCACAAGAUGCAGUUUGAGGAUCUGAACAGUCGUUUUGAUCCUGAUGAAUCACUGCCACUCUGAAUAUAAAAUAAUGAAGGGCAUUUGAAUUCACAUGUUCUGUCCCUUCACCACCACAAACCUCCCUUAGCAGAGUUUUACACUUUGCCUUAACAACCACCAUUUCUUGUCUUUUUUGCAUUUUGUUACCUGCCACUAAAUUUUAAUGUGUCGCUUAAAAUGCAGAAAUGAUAGCUAAGAUUCAAUGUGUGCUACCUUUUUAUUACCACAAGAAACUAGUAUUUUGAAUAGGAUUUUUUUUCUUUUUUAAGCUUUUCCCUAUUUAAAUAUUUUAAAUUGCGUUUCUCAUCGAUGCUUUUUGUUUUUUGCCAACUUCACAUACACGGUUGAAAUUUAAGGACCAAGUGCAAGAGAUGUAACUGUUGCUUUUGUCAAAUGCAACUUUUAAUGCUACACACUGUUACAGACAAAUUGCUGACAAAUAUUGGGUUUUAGUUUUAUUCGCUCAGUGUGAUCAGAACUGGUUGUGUGCGACUGUUGGAUCCUUGUCUCUUCCCUUUCACUGUAUAGAUGACUCA